GUCGGCUACAAAACAUUUCCUAAGCCAACGGUUACGCAGCGACACUCUGCGCGUACGCAAAAAAACGUACACAUAGGUGUCUUGUUUUCAUUCAUAAACUUGUUGGAACCAUAUAAACAUCUCUUCCGGUGAUUAUGGCUGAAAAGAUCAUCAAGGCCAUUCAGUACUUCUCUUACGGCGGUGGCCCUUCUGCUCUAAAGCAUGUUGAGAUUCCUGUUCCUGUGCCAAAGAAAGAUGAAGUGCUACUCAGGGUGAAAGCAACAAGCAUUAAUCCAUUUGAUUGGAAGAUGCAGAAAGGGAUGCUACGCCCUUUUUUGCCACUCCGAUUUCCUAAAGUACCAUUAUCCGAUGUAGCAGGGGAGGUGGUUGAGACCGGACCUGAAGUAAAAAACUUAAAAGCAGGUGACAAAGUUGUGGCAAUGCUUAGCAUCUUUGGAAGUGGUGGUGGAUUAGCUGAGUAUGCUGUGGCGAGUGAAAAGUUAACAGUUUCUAGGCCACCUGAAGUAUCAGCUGCUGAUGGUGCUGGCUUACCUGUAGCAGGUCUUACUGCUCAUCAGGCUCUUACCCAAUCUGCUGGAGUUAAGCUUGAUGCUAGUGGUCCUCGAUCAAAUAUUCUCAUUACUGCUGCUUCAGGAGGUGUUGGCUUGUAUGCUGUUCAACUUGCAAAGCUUGGAAACACACAUGUGACAGCCACUUGUGGCGCCCGUAAUAUCAAGCUGGUGAAGAGUCUGGGUGCUGAUGAGGUUCUUGACUACAAGACGCCAGAUGGAGCAGCUCUAAAAAGCCCGUCAGGCCAGAAAUAUGAUGCUGUUAUCCACUGCGCAUCAGGCAUUCCGUGGUCCACUUUCGAGCCUCAGUUGAGCUCUAAGGGGAAGGUAAUUGAUAUUACGCCAGGUUCUGAUACCAUGUGGAGAUUCUUAAGUGGGAAAAUUACAUUCUCUGGGAAGCGGAUAGUGCCUUUAGUUUUAAUUCCCAAAGGCGAAAACCUGGCUUACCUUGUCAAGUUGGUAAAGGAAGGGAAGCUUAAAACAGUGGUAGACUCUAAAUAUCCAUUAAGCAAAGCUAAAGAUGCUUGGGCUAAGAGCAUCGAUGGCCAUGCUACUGGUAAAAUAAUUGUGGAGCCCUGAAGAAAUUAAGAUCUUAGAUGAUUUUUCUGUAUAGACUAUGCGCGUAGAGUUGUCAUGGGUAAAGAACCUUUUUUUCCUGGGCUAUACAUUGCUGAAAACAUAUGGUUGUUUGUUUGUUACUG